AUGCAACCCAUGGCGAUGGAGACAGCCAUUGCCAAAGCCCGUCAGCUUCGCGCGGAGAUAGCCUGUCGUCACGCCGAAAUAGAGUCUCUCCGCGCUUCUCAACAAAAGACGGAGCAAUCCAUCCAAGAAGCUGAGGCUGAUGCUUCUCACCUGAACGAUCAGCUUCUGGAGAUCAUCUGGAGAACCGAGGGUCUUCCCAACUACGGCGACGUAACUGUAGCUUCUGACCGAGCUUGGCAUGGGGAGUUUACCGAGGAGCAGCUCGCUAUGGGCGAUGCUCACUCCAAGGCCGAUUUCCAGGUAGAAGGCGAGAAGCACCGGGCCCAUUACGACGAGUCUACCGACGAGACUACCGACGAGGAUCUAGAAGUGCCUUCUUCCUCUGAGGAUCCCGACACGGAUCCGGGGUACGAUGCCUCUGACGAGGAAAGCUUGUGCGAUUUCUGUGCCCGAGGUGCUGAGAAGGAACCUGCCGUCGCUUCAUCCGACAGCGAUGAUGACGAGCAAGCCUCAGACGACGCAGAGAGCGACGUGUCCAGCGAAGAUGGCUGGGGUGCUUUCUACGCUCGCGGUCGCGAAGAUGCCUCUUCCGCUUCAGAGCACGAAGCCUCCACCCUCUCCGACGAAGAAAGCGACCCUCCCACCCCAGCACCACAUCUCCCAUCGGGCUUCAACACCAUACCCAUCUACACCGACCCAGAAAACCCCUCCUACAACCCGGAAACCACCACAAACCGCGUCGACCGCUCCCAACUGCGUCGUCCGACACCCCACGACCUCACCCCAGCCCCGGCGGAUCUCGAUCCCAUUGGCAAUAGCGAGAAUAUCGCUCCGGGCCAAUCCGUUGCGGACUUCCAACGCGGCGUCACCGAGCGCGUCUGGCGCCGUGCGUGGAGGGACUGGGGUCGUCGACAGAUCCGCGGCGUCAAUCGCAUCGAAGGGGUGCAGUUGUUGCCGAUUGUCAAUGGGCAGAGACCGGGACGUAAGCCUCGUCCGGCGGCGCCACGGGAAGAAAUACCGCGGGUUAGAAUUCUCGAAGAUUGGGAGGUCGAGGCGAGACAGGCGCGAGGCUGGGAGUCGGAGUGGGAUGACGACUGA